CAAUGUGUGUCGUUUUUUCGGCACACGCCUCAAAGCUUCAGAUUAAAGGAAAUUAAAAUAUUUUCCUGAAAUUCAUCACCAACAACCAGGAUAUUUAACUAAGAGCAAAGUUAAACUGCUGAAAGAGGUGAAGCAGAAGCCUUCCUGAAGAAUCUCCAGAACACGCAGAAAUUUUUUGCUACAUUUAAAAGACAAAUGAAGCCAAGUCCCGACAUGGAGAAACAUCAGCACUCUGUCAAGAGUUUUACUCAACAGAGUGAUCUCAAAAAACACCAGCACAUUCACACAGGAGAGAGACCGUAUCACUGCUCAGACUGUGGAAAGAGUUUUAAUCAACAGAGUCAUCUCCAACAACACCAGCGCAUUCACACAGGAGUGAAACCAUUUCACUGCUCAGACUGUGGGAAGAGUUUUAAUCAACAGAGUCAUCUCAAAAGUCACCAGCGCAUUCACACAGGAGAGAAACCGUUUCACUGCUCAGACUGUGGGAGGAGUUUUAAUCAACAGAGUAAUCUUAAAAUACACCAGCGCAUUCACACAGGAGUAAAACCAUAUCACUGCUCAGACUGUGGGAAGAUUUUUACUACCCAGAGUGAUCUCAAACAACAUCAGCGCAUUCACACAGGAGAGAAACCAUAUCACUGCUCAGACUGUAGGAAGAGUUUUAUUACACAGAGUAAACUUAAAAUACAUCUGCGCAUUCACACAGGAGAGAAACCUUAUUACUGCUCAGACUGUGGGAAGAGCUUUAAUCGACUGGAGACUGUCAAACGGCAUCAGCGCAUUCACACAGGAGAGAAACCAUAUCACUGCUCAGACUGUGGGAAGAUUUUUACUACCCAGAGUGAUCUCCAACGACACCAGCGCAUUCACACAGGAGUGAAACCAUUUCACUGCUCAGACUGUGGGAAGAGUUUUAAUCAACAGAGUCAUCUCAAACUGCACCAGUGCAUUCACACAGGAGAGAAACCAUAUCACUGCUCAGACUGUGGGAAGAGUUUUAAUCAACAGAGUCAUCUCAAACUGCACCAGCGCAUUCACACAGGAGUGAAACCAUUUCACUGCUCAGACUGUGGGAAGAGUUUUAAUCAACAGAGUGAUCUCAAAAAACAUCAGCGCAUUCACACAGGAGAGAAACCGUAUCACUGCUCAGACUGUAGGAAGAGUUUUAUUACACAGAGUAAACUUAAUAUACAUCAGCGCAUUCACACAGGAGAGAAACCGUAUCACUGCUCAGACUGUGGGAAGAGUUUUACUAAACAGAGUAAUCUCAAACUGCAUCAGCGCAUUCACACAGGAGAGAAACCGUAUUACUGUUUCGACUGUGGGAAGAGUUUUACUGAACAGAGUAAACUUAAAAUACACCAGCGCAUUCACACAGGAGAGAAACCUUAUUACUGCUCAGACUGUGGGAAGAGCUUUAAUCGACUGGAGACUGUCAAACGACAUCAGCGCAUUCACACAGGAGAGAAACCAUAUCACUGCUCAGACUGUGGAAAGAGUUUUAAUCAACAGAGUAAUCUCAAACUGCACCAGCGCAUUCACACAGGAGAGAAACCAUAUCACUGCUCAGACUGUGGGAAGAGUUUUACUACCCAGAGUGAUCUCAAAAAACACCAGCGCAUUCACACAGGAGAGAAACCGUAUUACUGCUCAGACUGUGGGGGGAGUUUUACUCAACAGAGUGAUCUCAAACAACACCAGCGCAUUCACACAGGAGAGAAAAAUGUCCCAAAUUUGUCCCAUGGCAAAUCAUAAAUUCCACCAGAAACAAAUAUGAACUGUAUUUAACAAUGGAUUUUACAGGUUCAGCAAAACUAUUCUUAUCCAGGGAUGAUGUGUAUAGAAUUCCAUGUUAUGUUUGUAUGUCUUGUAAGUUUGAAUAUUCCAGGACAUUCUUUGUGAGACAGAGCUCAGUUUUUAGGUUAGUUACUGUUGCGCAGUAAGGUUACAGGCUCAUUCACUCCCUCUGCUGGUGUUCUUAUUUGUCUAUGGUUCAGUCCAAUUAAAAAUCUGUUACUAUAGAGGGAUAUAGAUGGAUAUUUGGAUGUGUUGUAUUACUCAAGUUUUAUACUCUCUUAUCUUUUCCUUAUUGAAUAUUAAAUGUUGCUUAUGGUUUUUUUAAUCUCCAAAGUUACUAAGAAUAUCCAAAUAAUGUAGUUUCUUAAUUGUUUUUAUCCCGUACAAACUAUUAUCUUUGUAUUACUUCACCUCUAUAUUUACCCAUGUGUGUUUUAAUAAACGGCUUUUAUAUUGCA